CACGGUAUCACUUCACCUGUUGCAGAUACAGUGAGUGACUUUAAUAUAUAUUUUUUUCUCUUACUUUACCAAAGUUUAGAUCCACUGUUACCACUUUGGUAACUGCAAACUACAAAGACAGAGCAGAAACUUGGCGAAGGUCCAUCCAUGGAUAUCUCCAGCUUACAGGAUUGGUAUCUUGAUUCUUGUAGGAGGCAUAAAGUUCCACCAAGCUCUGCAGUACUAUCCUGGUUCUCUAAGGCCAAGGUUCAAAAGUCUUGUCAAGAGAAGUGUAAAAUUGUGGUUUUGCUGAACCAGUUGAAAGAUGAUGAUAUUCUUCCAUUAAUUGACGUAUUUGCAGAAAUCGACUCUACUGAUAUUGAUGGAGUUGAUAUCUUCCAUCAUGAAUCAACUUCUUUCUUGAAUGAAGAAUACAUACUUUCUUUGAUGAAUGCCAUCAAACUAAAGCUCCAAGUAAUUGAUCUUGCUAAUGCAUCAAUAAAGGAGGACUUUCUCUGGGAUCUAUGCCACGUUGGCUUGCCUUGCCAUGUUUUAAACUUGAGGUCAAGCCAUAUCCAAAAACUCAACAUGGUUGGAAGGUUUAUGCAGUUGCACACCCUAAAUUUGGAUUUUUGUACUUCACUUACUACUUUACAAAAGGACUGCUUUUCUUGCAUGCCAAAUCUGAUGCGUCUAUCAAUGUGUGAGACCAGAGUUGCUAAUCUCUGGACAACAACAGCAGUUCUAGCGAAACUUCCUUCCUUAUUGGAAUUACGGUUCCAAAAUUGUCUUUGUUGCAAGGAUACUGGGCCAUGCUGUGCGUCAUCUAGGGAGAAAGGAAAGCUUGAGAAUGAGAGGCCUCGUUCAAAUGUGAUUAAUAUCUGUUCAUACAAUGAGGAACUUUCUGUCAUUACUGGAUGUGAUACAUUGCAAGCUUCUUCUGCUGAUGAGACAAUUAUAGACUUACUUUCUCUCCAAGAAUCGGUUAUGGUAUCUGAAGAUCAGAGAGCAACAGAUGAUCCAUCAGAAGUUGAUGAAGUCAAACUUUCAGGUUACCUUCAAAACCUAUUGGAAGCAUCAACCGGUUCGCUUCCUAAUUCGUAUGAACAGUCCAAAACGCAAAAUGAGAUACAAGACAAUGAUGAGCAUUCAUUACAUGUGCAGAAGCAGGCCUUGAAGAAUGUCACUGGGACAUUGCAUAAAGAUACUUGGCAUCAUCCUUCACCCAUAUGCUUUGAGAGACAUUAUAGAGAGUACAUGGUUGCUUCCUUGCCCAGUUUAGAAGUAUUAGAUAAUCUGCUGAUCAAAAAGAUGGAGAGGGAAACUUCAAAGGCUAUCUGUUCGGAAUACUAUGAGUACUUACCAUAUAAAUAUAACCACAGAGAAAGUGUUGUUAACAUUUUGCAGAAGCGUGAAAUGGGAACAAGUGUUACUUACUGCCAGAACUCUUCAAAGCUAAAGCAACCAUAUUCUUGUGGAAAGAGUCAACAUUUCUUCUCGAGAUCUCUUAGUGCUGCCAAAUUUGGGUCUUCCACAUGGCCCUUCUUCCAUCCUGUGUCCAGCUUUAGCCAUAUAUCUAAAGAAGAAACUAAGAGGCUCCGUCCAAGGCAAUUUGAGUACCAUCCUUCCAACUCCAGCCUUAUGGCUUUUGGAACUUUAGAUGGUGAAAUAGUUGUUAUCAACCAUGAGACUGGGAAUAUCGUUGGCUAUAAUUCAUCUACAGGGAUGAUGAACAGCAUUCUGGGACUCUGUUGGCUCAAGAAAUAUCCAUCCAAGAUUGUUUCUGGAUCUGAUAAUGGUUGCUUGAAGUUGUUUGACGUUAAUCAGAUGCCGGCAAAACUAGGAGACACAUGUUGUGGUUCUGAUGCAGUUAGUUUUGAAGAUUUUGAACAAUUAACUUCUGUUCAUGUCAACUCAACAGAUGACAAGUUCCUUGCCAGUGGGUACUCAAAAGGAGUUGCUCUAUAUGACAUUAGCAGUGGAAGACGUUUACAAGUAUUCACUAAUAUGCAUCAAGAGCCUAUUAAUGUUGCAAAGUUUGCUCAUCACUCUCCUUUUAUGUUUGCUACAUCAUCAUUUGACAAAGAUGUGAAGAUGUGGGAUUUGAGGGAGAGACCAGAGAGGCCUUGUUAUACUGCUUCAAGCUCCAGAGGAAAUGUUAUGGUUUGCUUUUCUCCAGAUGAUCUCUAUCUUCUUGUGUCGGCCAUUGAUAAUGAGGUUAAGCAACUUUUGGCAGUAGAUGGGAGGCUCCACAUGAAUUUUAACAUAACUUCAACUGGAAGUGCUCAUAACUAUACUCGUUCAUAUUAUAUGAAUGGAAGGGACUAUAUCAUUAGUGGCAGUUGCGAUGAACAUGUUGUUCGCAUAUGCUGUGCUCAAACUGGAAGGCGACUUAGGGAUGUCUAUAUUGAGGGGAUGGAGUCAGGGAACUCUAUAUUUGUGCAGUCCUUAAGGGGUGAUCCUUUCAGGCAUUUUAACUUCAGUAUGUUGACAGCCAGUACGCGGCCAACCUCAAAGCAGGAGAUCGUCAAGGUCAAUUUACUUGCCUCAAGUCACUAUGCCGAUGAAUGUUGUCAUGGUCAAGAUAUUCAUCCUUACUGUGGUCGUGGAGGUUGAUCUUUGUAUCUCUAUUAAGUUAUCUACAUGUAUAUGAUUAUUAGUCCACAACCUUCAGAAAAUGUAAUUGUUAUUGUUAUGUAUAUCUCAAGUUGUCUAUGCAGAAAAAAUUUUGACCCUCCUUUUGUAAAUACAUGAUUUCUAGCAACUGUCUGUAUAAUUAUCAAAGAAAAUUCAAAUCUCACCUUAUACUUA